AAUAAGGCAGCUUGAGGAGUAUGCUGCUGAGGGGAGUUAUGCGGAGCAGGGAGGCGGGGCUGCAGCAGCCUCUUCUGUUGAUAGCGAGUCAGCUUAUGGAGAGGAUGGUGGGGAGAGCGAGCAGGCGGGCGGUGCGAGAGUGAAGAAAGGCACUGGGCUGCGGCUGCAAUUCGACGUGGCCAUUCAGAUCCGCACAGCCACCAACUUGGUGGAGCAACCUUCAUGUCACAAGGCUCCCUCCUCUCUUUCUAACCUUCCGUCCCUUCUAAUCAUCUCGCCCUCCUUCCGUUCCACCAUUCGUCCCCAUCCCCUCCCUCCGACCACCAGCUUGGUGGAGCACCCCUCAUGCCACGAGGCAGACAGGGAGUGUGAGCACGAGCAGCAGCAGCUGAGGGCAGCAGAAGCGGCACACAUGCAGCAGUUUCUCACACCCGACAAGUGGGCCUGCAUCACGCGCCUCCUCCUCUUCCUCCGCACCCGCAAGUCCGGCAUCAAGCUGCCCAACCCCUCCAACAACAACCCCGAUCCCUUGCUCUCCCUGCUGCAGUCCUUGGCUGGUCGGGCUAGUCAGGCUGGUCAGGGAUUAGUGAAGGAAGAGGGUGGGCGAGGGUCGAAAAGAGCGCGCGGUGCUGGGGAUCUUGGGGAUGGGUUGGAGGGGAUUGAGAGCGGUGCUUUGUCUUCUCUGAAGCCGCUUUCCGUCUUUUUGGCAACGGACAACGAGAACCUGCGGCCGCAGUUUGUGGAUAAGAUCGGGCCGGUGGCUGGGGAUGUCUUUUUCUCCACUGGCGCUGUCACUCACACGUCAAAAAGCGGCACUGCAGCUGCUGCUGCUGCUGCUGCAGCAGCAACAGGAGGAGGUGGGCCAGCGGGAGCAGGAGGAAGAGGGGGAUUGGAAGGUAGAGCAGAAGGGGAAGGAGAAGCAGAAGGUUUGGAACGUUUGGAGAGGCAGAAGGGAGUGCCUCAGGAGCAUUUUCAGCAGCAGCCGUCCCCAACCAUGGCUGAGUUUUUCCUGCUCAGUCGGGCCCGUGUGCUUGUGAGUUUUAAUAAGUCAGCAACCAUGCGUUCCCACACAGCCCCCCGUGUGUUGCUUCUCGCGCUCUGCCUCUCCUCCUUCACCGCCGCGAUCUCCGCGCAAUGGAUCAAAGGCUUCGUUGCGUCGUACUACGCGCUCCAGAACCGCCCCAACGGCGCGUGUGGGUACCCCCAAUUACACCACAACACGGCAUCGAUGUCCACCGUAGGCUACGCUAACGGCAGUAACUGCGGCGCGUGUUUCCAGAUGCGGUGCACCGGCCACCCGUCGUGCAAGCCGGGGAUCAUGACAGUGCCCGUUACUGUCACGAAUAUCUGCCCGCCGAAUGCGCCCGGCGGGUACUGCGCGAAGAAUAAGCGGAGCAUCACACUGCCCAAUCCCGUGUGGAAUCAGAUGUCGAAGGAUCCCUCCGCCGGCGUUGUUCCCGUGGAGAUUAAGCGCGUCAGGUGCCGGCGCGUGGGUGGCGUCGCAUUCAAUAUCACUGGGAAGGAGUACUACGUCACCGCACCAUCCAUUGCGUUCGCCAACCAUCAGCAUGAUUCCGGCAUUAUCGUUACCGUGCCUUCUCUCUCUUGUCCCCCAGCCUUGCCUCUCAACGUGGCCGGAGCUGGCGCCUUAAAGCGCGUUGACAUCUCGAUCGCGCGCGGCCCGUGGAUGGCUAUGCGCAAGAGCUACGGCGCUGUGUGGGACCUGCCGGGCCUGCCCGUGGUCGGCAUGUCGCUCUCCUUCCGCCUCUGGCCCGCCCUCGGGACUCUCCCGCUCGAGGCGUGGGAUGCUGUUCCCGCGAAUUGGGUUAACAAUACGAUUUAUCGCACGGCGGUAAACUUCCCUCCCUCGCAAUGCCCCUCCAUUUCCCGGGUUGUCUUUGAGAAUUCUCAACCCUCUCCGGGAUCAUCAGCUGAGAAAAAAAAAGCCUCCUUCUCCUCCUGUGCUGCUACGUGUUCCCCGCCGCACGUGCCGCCGCUUUUCCCGCUCCGCGCAGCGCCGUGCCUCCUCCCCCAAGUGACGAUCAACGUAACGCGCGAGUCCCACCUCUACCUUCGAAAGAACUACCCCGCCAAUCAGUACGUGACGAUGGUGCUGCAAGCGAGCAUACAGCUGACAGACACGUUUGUGAUGGACGCGAAAUUCAGCUGCACUGUCUUCCGCUCCGACAAGGACAGAGCCUUCGACCUCAUCUCGCCCUCUGUAAACUGCACUGUCUUCCGCUCAGACAAGGACCGCGCCUUUGACCUCAUCUCGCCCUCCGUCAAGUAUGGCUCGCCUCUCUCCACCCAUCUCCAACUCUUUCCACCGCUCUCCAACGCACUUCUCCAACACCCUCUCCGCUCUCUCAUACCCAUCGCCAUGGUAACAAAGAUCGUCAACACCAACAACGUGUUGGUCAUCAGGGUGAAUUUCAAGAUAAAAUCCACCGCACUCCACCCCUCCCCUCCACCCUCCCACAGCGCCAUGGUAACAAAGAUCGUCAACACCAACAACGUGUUGGUCAUCGGGGUGAAUUUUAAGAUGCCCGUUUCGACUGUCGGGCAGCGGGACUGCAACUACAUUGAGACACGCUUUAUUGACUUCAUUGGCAAAUACGCUUGCCCUGCUGUGUGGCUGUACCGAGUAUGGGGUGUACAAGUGGUGCAGGUACGCUCAGUCCCUCUCACACCCAUCCUACCACCCUUCAUUCCAUCGGCUCUGCUCUGUACUGUAACAGCCGAAGCCAAAAGGGAGUUGCUGUUAAUGUCCCUCCUCCUCCUCCUCCUCCUCCUCCUCCUCCUCCUCCUCCUCCCUCCUCCUCCUCCUCCUCCUCCUCCUCCUCCUCCUCCUCCUCCUCCUCUCUCCUCUCUCCUCUCUCCUCUGCAGGGCAACGUGUACGGGCGGGUGGAGGUGGCGAGAGCUAAUCGCUCACGGGUCGACUCAAUGGAUGUGCUCGUGAAGGCCACCAACCAGCCCGGAGCCAUUGUGGUGAUGCUCUCGGGGGACGGGCCUAACCUCAUCCGCAGCGAAGUGGUUAUUUCCAACAAUAACAUUCGGACAGAGGGCAGCUUGGGGCAGGGCGCCGCUGUGGGAAUCAUGCUGUACCGAGGGGCAGUGGGAGUGAACGUGGUGGGAAACCGUCUAUCACACUUCACCCUUGCAAGCCUGCAACUGGGAUGGGGGCAGAUGAACGUGGGCGAUGCAAUGCUCACCCUCGUUGCCCACAACAACAUUAUUCAUAGCUUUGGGCAGCUGGGGGAUUGUUCAGGUAUUUACCUCAGCACGCACUGGGUGAACCCUGGAAAUAUCCACCGGUGCAACUACGUUCAAGGGGGUGGGCACUGCCUGUAUUUCGACUGGGUGUCAUCGGGAGUGAUCGUGGAUGGGCUCGUGUGCGUGCAAACUGCAGAUGGGCUGAAGCUAAACACUGGGAAGAA